AUGUACAAGCUGGUGAUCCUGCUGUGCGCCGUGGCCGCCGCCCACGCCGGCUACCUGGGAGGCUACGCCGCCCCCGCCGUCGCCGUGGCGCCUGCCGUGGCCGCCCCCGCCGUCGCCGUGGCCCACGCCCCCGUGGCCGUGGCGCCCGCCGCCUCCUCAUACGCCAACACGUACCGCGUAUCGCAGACGGCCCGCCUCCUGGCCGCCCCCGCCGUCGCCGCCGCCCCUGUGGCCUACGCCGCCCCCGCCAUCCACGCCCCUCUGGCCUACGCCGCACCUGCUGUCGCUGCUCCCCUGCUGAAGGUCCACUAG